CACAUGAGCAACUAUUUAUAGGACUUCGCACGGCGCAGUCAUUGUUAGACAGCCUUCCCAUGACCUCACACACAAUGCGCCGCCGCGUUGUACUGUGUGCAUGCGGGAUGAUAGGCAUUGCACCCACGAUUGCCGAUAGCUCGCCGUGGACUCACGCGUCCGCACGUCUGGUCCAACAGCCCAUGGCUCGAGAGGGGACUGUGCUGGAAGUGAUCGAAGACGCUGCGUACAUCUAUGGAGGGGCAGGGGACUCGAGCGACGCAGUGUUUAACGACGCGUGGAAGUUUGACUUUCUCGGCCAACGAUGGCUGCAAGUCGCGACUGCAGGCGAGGCCAACCCCGGGGCUCGCUUCGAUCACGUCUCGACUGCUCAUGGCACGGACAUGUACAUUUUUGGAGGGACGAGCUUUGACCCGAAAGCGAUUGCGGCCAACAACGAUGGUACGACCCAGACGAACGACGUUUGGAAGUUGGAUACGGUGCAAAGCAAGUGGACUGUUGUGGAUGGGGGCGGCCACGGGGGGUCCUUUCGCCCCGCUGCCCGCAGUCAAGCGACGGCCGUGUCCACUCCGCAGUCCAUGGUGGUGUUUGGGGGGGUGGUCAUCCCGAAUGUGUUUUACCUGUCCCCAGUCGACCUCAACGACGUGUGGAAAUUCGAGUACCAGAGCCAUUCGUGGCACUCUGUGGUCAUCGCGUCCAACUCGAGUGUGCCCACAACUCGAUUCUCGCAUGCUGCCACGACCAUUCAACUGAAUGGCGACCUGUACAUGGUCGUGUUUAGCGGCCGGCAUAUCUUUGACACGCGGUGGACCAUCCUCAACGACGCGUGGAUGUUGCCGUUGACCUCUGGGUCGCUGCCGUCGUGGACAAGACUAACAGCGAACCACCCAUUCAAUCGAAUCCUAUCGGGGGUGGUCGCCACAGACUCUGGGUAUCUGUGGUUCUUUGGCGGGUUCGCUUUCGACACCACAACCCAACGCGAGGGCGUCGCGUUUGCCGACGCGCUGGCCGCGGAAGGAUCUUUGUUGCCAUGGGUCAACAUGGUGGAAGACAGUUCACCGGUUCAGAAUGAAUAUGCGGGACCACUCAACUACGACGACAUGGACGGCCCGUCGGCGCGCUUUGGCCACCGUAUGAGUGUCUGGAAUGGCAAUGUGGUAGUAUAUGGAGGCAGGUUUGUGCAAUGUCUCGGCGACGUCUGGCUACGGAAUGGAUCGGUGUCACCUCGAGGAGCAAGUCCAUCCACGGCCACUGGUCCGCGGUCGAUGCAUCUCACGUCGGCCGUGCUGGCGCUGAGCCUCGUGCUUCUCAUUCUGUCAGCAUGCCUCUUAAUCCUCCUCGUGGUGAUCAAAAGCACUCGACGACGACAGAGUUUGGUCAUGGAUGCAACGUCCGCACCACAAGCAGCAGCAGGGCGGGUUCAAGGGCUAUCUGCUGACGACAUUGCUCAAUUCAAAGUCGUCCCGUUCACGCCCUCGGCCACGAUAGAUCCCACGGACGAGAUUUGCCCCAUUUGUCUCGUCGAGUUUGUGGCCGAGGAAGGCCUGCGGCAAUUGCCCUGCCAGCAUCACUUUCAUCCCGACUGCAUUGGCGAGUGGCUCCAGCGCAAUCUGACGUGUCCGAUGUGCAAGCGUGAUUUGUCUCCGAUACAUGCAGCAGCAGCCUCAACGACGUCACAUGCACCAACGAACGGCGUGGUGAUUCCGCUCUUUGGAAGUAUCAUCAGGGGCGCAGAAUAGGAAGCAGCACCACUCACUGGUCAUCACGAGUUGAGUGGGUGGUGGGUGGUUCGACCCAGCUGGUUGAAGUGGACAUUACAAUAGGGAUUUUCAAUAAGGAGCCUUAAAUACAUUUUGGAGGUCAAAGUACAGUAUGGCCAUCGCA